AUGGCGCCAUCGCCCAGGACCAGCAGCCGGCAAGAUGCGACCGCCCUGCCCAGCAUGUCCUCAACUUUUUGGGCGUUCAUGAUCCUGGCCAGCCUGCUCAUCGCCUACUGCAGUCAGCUGGCCGCCGGCACCUGUGAGAUUGUGACCCUGGACCGGGACAGCAGCCAGCCUCGGAGGACGAUCGCCCGGCAGACGGCUCGCUGCGCCUGCAGAAAGGGGCAGAUCGCGGGCACCACGAGAGCCCGACCCGCCUGCGUGGACGCGCGAAUCAUCAAGACAAAGCAGUGGUGUGACAUGCUGCCGUGUCUGGAGGGCGAAGGCUGUGACCUGCUCAUCAACCGGUCAGGCUGGACGUGCACGCAGCCCGGCGGGCGGGUGAAGACCACGACGGUCUCCUGACAGACGCAGCCCCAGAGGGGCCCCGGGAGUGGUCUUGACUCCCUGGAGAGUCCACAACUCAGCCACGGUCCUCUGUCCGCUGUGGACUCAACCCGUUCUCCACCAUCUGCCCACCCUCCGUCUCUCUGUAGCCCGUCAAGGACAGCCUGCUUCCUCGGGGGUCGCGAGCCGAGUGUGUGCACCGCGGUGAGGAGUGUGGCCUGGGACACCCAGCGGGGGCCGCGCCAGCUGUCCGUGGGAGCCUGGGCUCACCCACCGUCCCUGGCCGCGGCCCGGGCUGUGCGCGCCGAGGAGGACGAGGGCGCAGCUGCAGAGGACGGCCGCCCAGCCAGCCCGGGAGAGGAAGACCACGCCAGGCCCGGGGGAGGACUGGCCCUCGGGCACAGAAAAGGCCUCUCCGUGUGCCCCAGACUGUCCGAAUCACUUUUAUUUUCGUAUUUCAGUAUACUCAAUAGACCAAAGAGAAACAUCUAUUUU